CUCUCUGCGCAUGUGCACACUCUGCAGGGACCCGCCUCAGCCGCCGCCUCCCCCGUCACAGCUUUAUGGUUUCUCCCUAGGGCUUUACCGUUGGGGGCAGCUACUCCGGUGCUGUGACUUGGUCCGCCCUAAGUGGCAGCGACAUGGAGGAAUUUGACUCCGAAGACUUCUCCACCUCGGAGGAGGACGAGGACUACGUGCCUUCGGGUUUGGAUGUUGACGUUUACUUGGCAUAGUCAGGAUUCCGAAGCAGCCCACCCUGGGCCACCCUGUGGACCUGGACCCGGUGCUAAGUACAAGCAAGGGCUCAUUGUGCCCCACUGGCUCCCUGCUUCGCAUCAGGUGAACUUGGGUGGAGAGUAUAGUGAAGAUGAUGUAAAUGAAUUAGUAAAGGAAGAUGAAGUGGAUGGUGAAGAGCAGACACAGAAAACCAAAGGGAAAAAAAGAAAGGCUCAGAGCAUUCCAGCCAGGAAGAGAAAACAAGGUGGCCUCAAGGUAGAAGAAGAGGAAGAGGAGGAUGCCAGCAGGGAAUCUGGAGGAAGUAGCAGUGAGGAGGAAGACAUGGCUGCAGAGCAGGAAAAAGGCACUGGGUCAGAGGAUGCAAGGAAAAAGAAAGAGGAUGAACUGUGGGCCAGCUUCCUCAAUGACGUGGGACCAAAAUCAAAAGUGCCCCCAAGUCCACAAGUUAAAAAAAGAGAGGAGACUAAAGAGACAAGUUCAAGUAAAUCAUUGGGCAAAGCAGAAGAGCCGGAGAAACCUAAAGAAACAGAAAAAGUUAAAAUCACCAAGGUGUUUGAUUUUGCUGGUGAAGAAGUCAGGGUGACUAAGGAAGUCGAUGCUACAUCUAAAGAGGCCAAAUCCUUCUUCAAGCAAAAUGAGAAAGAAAAGCCACAGGCUAAUGUCCCUUCUGCUCUGUCGUCACUCCCUGCUGGGUCAGGGUACUACAGGUACAGAGUAAUUUGCGGUCACCAGGAUGGGGUAACCUCUGUCAGUUUGGAUUGAAUACCUAAAUACAGCAAAUACUAUGAAUUUAGGAAGUGUCCCUCUUCAAGGUUGCCCAGAGUUGAACAGAUUCUAGUGUUCUUGAAAAUCCUGUGAGGAGAUGGACUUUAUUACACAGAACAGUGUUCUUCCUUUGCCCUUAGCCUUGAGUUAUGGUGCCAGUGAGUUUCAAAAAUCUGCGUUUAAAAGCCAAGUGUCUGUAUCUGUUAUAAACUUUUAAAACUUUAUUUUGCUAUGUUCCUAUACCCUUGGUUGUGCCAAAUUUCUCUUGGUGUGAAUUACAAGUUAGUAAAAUGCUUUGGGCAUUUCUUGGGAAAGACACCCAAGAUAGGCAGGUAAAAAUUCAAGUUGCAGACUAACAUAGACUCCAUUUUUGUUCUAAUGUAUAUAUGAUUAUAACACACUAGCAUAGUAUAAGAAAGCAUCUGCACAAAAGAAUACAAUAGCCAAAGUUACGACAUUCACACAAUUUACUCAGUAUGAUAAUAGGAAAUUGAUUUAAAAGCAGGAUAUGGAGGCCUUCAUUUGAGGAGAAAAUAGUGACGCUCUGGAAAUGAAUCGAAAAUAUUUCACUAAUAAAAUCAUUAAAUUUCACUAAUUUAUUGAUUUAGUUGCUUCGUGUGCUUUAAUUAGCUUCUUUUAGUGUACACUAGAGGGCAGAAUCCCCUCUGAAGAGAUAGCUUGUCUUUGGCAAGAUCCCAGGAACUAGGAGCAUUCCCAAGCUUUGGUACAGGAGCGCUGUACGUUCUUUACUGAAUUAGAUUCGUAUCUUGGUGUGAGAGUUCUGUGUGCUAUACGGCUUCUACAUUUUUUAAAAUUAUAAUCUGUUUCUUUCUGGAGGACAAAUUUCCUAGAAGUGUGAUUGCUGGGUCAUCAGAUGUGUGCACCUCACAUGCUAAUAGAUGUUACCAGAUAGGCAGUACCAAUGUUAAAUCUCUCCAUUGUUAUGUGAAGUCCCAUUUCUGCACACUGUGACCAGUAUUCUUCAGGGUUUUCUCCACAAUCAUUAUGUUAACUGCAUCUAAAUAACGUGCUGUUUUGGCUUAAAAUUUCCCCUCCUUUGAAAACCUGUACCAAAAACAGAUUUCUUUUUUUAAGAAUUAAACUAAUGCUACAUUUUUGUGCAUUUGUCAAAUGUUACCAAAAGACUACAUUAAGAUUUUGGGUAUUACCUGUAGGUAGUGUCCAUACUGUAUCAAAUCAUGGAAGUUAAUUCUCAGUCAUUUAAGAGUUCAGGUAAAAAUAUGAGCUUUAUAAACACAAAGAAAUUGUGAGCCAGUUUAGGAGUUGUAUGUUAUAGAUCCUUUAAAAUGCUGCGUGCUACUUCUCUCUUAGGUUGUUUGUGUUGGAAUUUGCUAUGUAUUCCCAAAUGUUUUAACAUCAAUAAAGAAUGUCAUUUGUGCUAA